CCUGAGAGCCAGGGGGACACUGCCUGGGGAGAAAGGGUGUGGGGGCUGGUGUUGGGUGGAAACCGGACAGCAUCAGAGGUAGAAAAUGGGCGGCCGGAGGAAACUUCGCCCGUGCCAACGCAGCCUCCUUGUCACGUCGGUUCUCCUGUCCCACAGCCUCAGACCAGCCAAGUCCCUCCCGCUCUUUCAGGGAGCCCCGUGCAAGCCUGGCCAGCAGCGCGGGAUGCCCCUGUUUGGGAACUCCUUCAGCCCGAAGAAGACCCCCCCUAGGAAAUGGGCCUCGCUCACCAACCUGCACUUUGUGAGUCCCACUGCCUGUGGUUUGCUGCAGAUGGAUAGAUCCACCCGUGAGGUUGAACUGGGCCUGGAGUAUGGCACCCCCUCCAUGAACCUUGCUGGCCAGAGCCUGAAGUUUGAAAACGGCCAGUGGGUGUCAGAAUCAGGAAGCUUCACGGGGGAUCGCAGGGAAUUGCAGCGCUUGCGCAAACGAAAUCAGCAGCUAGAGGAAGAAAACAACCUCCUUCGGCUGAAAGUGGAUAUUCUGCUGGACAUGCUCUCCGAGACCACCGCUGAGUCCCACCUGAUGGAGAAGGAGCUGGAGGAGCUGAAGCAGCACAGCCGGAGGAGGAAGUGAAGAAGAGGUGGCUGGAGAGUGGGGCUGGCUCUGGGUCUUGGCCCACAGGAUGCCAGGGCUGGCUUGGGCCUCCCAGCCACAUUGAUACUGUGUGUAGGUACUUUGUUUCAUGAGACCACGAGUGACGAGAUGCCUCCAGUGUUGUGCAGUGCCAAGAUGCUGCUGAUGGGUGGUUUGGCACCACACCACUGUUAAACUUAACAUGUUUUUUCUCAGAGCACUUUACCUUGCUGCGUUUCCUCACCGCAGCCCAGCAUAGGUACUCUCCUCUCCAAGGCAGCCGGACAAGGGCAGUGGAGAAGAUCCCUCUCCACGCGGGCUCCUCCUUGCCUUAAGAAGGCAGGGAAACCCCUGCCCCCUCUAGCCUGUCCCCCCACGGAGAGCCCGCGGAGGGUCGUACAAGCCUCACCGCCUGCCUUGGGCGAGCAGGAUGCUGGAGUUGCUCGUUCUCGAGGGUUUUGCAUAUUUUACAUAAAACCUCGCCUUUAAAA